UGUGAGCUUGUGGCGAUCCGGCAUUAUUUACAAACGCUGAAGGAAGCACUCGGCAGUAGUGUCAUGGAAACUGACAAUACUGGCAUCAGUGUUGGACAGACUGCUGCUGCAUUGGAGGCUUUGCAAAUGGAUCCUAAGCCAAAGUCCCAUGAACUGAGGUACAGUUUGAGGUACCCGUCUAUGGGACAUUGCAUUGUUAUCAACAACAAGAACUUCGAUCCGAAAACAGGUUUGAACGUCCGUAAUGGCACAGAGGCAGAUGCAGACAGAGUGAAGAGUGUCUUUGAGCAGUUAGGCUACGAAGUGAAGGUUUUCAACGACCAGACUGCGGCUCAGAUUAAACAUGUUUUGGGCUCGGCUGCGAAGGAAAACCACAGCCAGUGUGCCUCAUUUGUGUGUGUGCUGCUGAGUCAUGGAGACGAGGGAAUUUUCUUUGGGACAGACGGCCCAGUGAAACUGCAAACCCUCACCAGCAUGUUCAGGGGCGACCGCUGCACCUCACUGGCGGGCAAACCCAAACUCUUUUUCAUUCAGGGAUGUAGAGGUACAGAUCUUGACGGUGGUGUUGAAGUGGACAGUGUUCAGGACAACCCUACAGAGAAAAUCCCUGUGGAAGCCGACUUCCUCUAUGCCUAUUCUACAGCUCCAGGCUACUAUUCCUGGAGGAGCAUUUUUAAUGGCUCCUGUUUUAUCCAAUCAUUGUGCGAGAUGAUGUCCAAAUACGGCACAACCCUGGAACUUAUGCACAUUUUGACCAGGGUCAACCACAUGGUGGCGCUAAACUUUGAGUCAAGCUGCAACGAUCCCCGUUUCCAUGGCAAGAAGCAGAUACCAUACAUCGUCACAAUGCUGACCAAAGAGAUGUACUUUAGACCCUAACAUUUUUUUUUUUUUAAUUUAAGAAUAAGCAAUAGAUAGAAUGAAGAAGGCCCUUGUGAAGCUUCACCACCAAUCUGUGGGAAUUUUACAUUUUCUGAGGAAGAGAAAUUAUAGUCUGGCGGUUUUGAUACGUGGAACGUACACUUAGUUGUAUGUUUGGAUGUUUGGACG